CGGAGAGGUAUUCGGCACUUGCAUGUCCAUCUGAUCAAUUCUGUUUAGUCCAUCAUUGCUUUGAUUUCUUGUUAAUGUCUGCUUGGUUCUUGAUGAUAUACUUAAAAUAACCGAAUUAGUUCCCGUGCUUUCAAUUUCAGUUCACAUCCGGGAAGCCCUAGCAUAAUAUGGGAUCGAGGACCUCCGACGACAAUGAGCAAGGCGAGUCUCUGUUACCGCCAAACCAGGAGGGCCACAACUUACUCAGUGGGCCAUAUCGACUAAGUGCCAGAUACCAAUGGAUCAGCACGGCAUGCGCAGUUGUGGUUUCACUUAUCGUUGGAUACAUUCUUGGGCUUAGCCAUGUAAAAGAGAGGAGCAGAGCUCAAUAUGGACUUCCAAUGCCUCCAGGUUCUAUCCACAUCACCUGGGAACAUAACUUAACUUUCACACAAAAGCCUUCACCGGCAUCCGAAGCCGCAUGGGCCUCCAUCAUUCCUGCCGGGCGAGGCUUCGUACAUCAUCCCCAGUUAGCACCGUUCAUUUCCAACAUUGCGACUUUCCACCAACUUCAUUGUCUACAUGCCAUUGUCGUUGCAUACUACGAAGCCCUCGAAAGCCCGCCCUUGACAAACCUUAGUAGCAUUCCCGAGUUUGAGAAUAGUACUUCCACACGCAUAGCUCCGUUCCAUAUACGGCAUUGCUUUGACUAUAUCAGACAGGCGCUCAUGUGUGCGGCAGAUACGAACCUUGAGGUACUGGACCAUGAGACGCACCUCACCAAUGGAUGGGGCCAGCCUAAGCAAUGUCGAGAUUAUGAACAUGUCUUUACUUGGGCAGAGCGGUAUGCCAACUCUUCCGAUACGGGAAUUGUCACAUAGUCUUCUUCGAUAGUUGCGAUAAUUGUGUUAGAUGUACUUCGUUUAAUAACUUCUU